AGAGUCCGGCCGAGGGCUCCACCCGUCGGGAACGGGGAGGGAGAACGCAGGGAAACUCUUCAAUCUCCAGUCUAGCUGGCCCCUUGCCAGCGAGAAACCCUACCGUCUUGCCCUACCUGUAGUGUCCCCAGUGUCCCGAUUUGUGCCCCUUCCCUUGCCACUGACCGCUCCUCGGGUGUCUAUCCCAGCGCACUGGCUAUGCGCCCCCAGAUCGCGUGCUGUGGACACCCAGCUCACCCAUGGCCACCCUUUCUUGAACAACUCGUGGGCUCUGGAGCCACGGAGACCACAGCCCCGGGCGGCGUUCUGCUACCUUGGGUCCCUCCCUCAGCUCCGGGGCUAUUCAUAAAUUAGGCUGGCCUAGAGAGGCGCAGACACUUCAACCCGGGAAAACUUAUUUUACUCGCGGUCCCUAAGGGUUGCAGCUGCCAGUGGCUGAGAUCGUCCGCCCGCUUUGUCUCACUGCACUCUCAGCACCCCUCCCCCGCUUCCUCCACCGAUUAACUCCCCCUACACGCUCUUCACCAGCUCCUCUCCUCCUGCUUCUCAACCUCCUCCCUGUUCUUCUGGGGCUGCGUUGCUGCGCUUCCUCCCUCCCUUAGUGUCAGUCUCUUUGCAUACGCGCCCCCUCCCCUCCCCUCCCUGCCGCGCCUCUUAUAGCCCGGCGCGCGGCUGCGGGGCGCAGACUGCUCCGGCAGCUAGAGUAGAGGUGGCGUGGCUGUGGCGCUGCGGAGACCGGGUCCAGACGCCAGGCGGCCGCCGGCGCUCACAGCGCUUCCUAGCUCCCUCCCCCAGAGUCCACAGCCCGCCUUCUUCCGCGGCGCCUGCAGCCGCAGGCUCGCUCUCCCCUCUCGAGACGCAUUCGGGGAGACGCUCUGCGGGUCCCGCGCGCACGGUCCACGGCUAGGAGACCGUGAAACCAAGGCGAACCGCCAGCGGUUAGCCGGCCCCCUGAGCCUGUGCUUCAGGCGCGGUCCCCUCUCCCGCCGGCGCCCCAUGCGCCCUUCUUUCACCCGGGCUGUCGCCACUGCUUCCCGGGACUGAGUCGCCCGCUUCGUCGUCUCCACGCCCGAGACCGAGGCAAGAACCCAGCCAGUUGUUUGCGGAGGCCAGUCACCACUGCUGUGCCAGCAAUUGCAGGUACAUAAGAAUAGUCCUGGUGAGGUACUGUUUAAUCAUAAGAGGAGGUGGAUGCCUCCUUUGUUCUUGUGACUGGUUUUCCAAGAGUUGGUACAGAGUAGGAAGAACAGAAAAACAGCAUGAGAGUGGAAACAAAAUGUCAGUCAGCGUUCAUGAGAACCGCAAGUCCAGGGCCAGCAGCGGCUCCAUUAACAUCUAUCUGUUUCAUAAGUCUUCCUAUGCUGACAGUGUCCUCACUCACCUGAACCUUUUACGUCAGCAGCGUCUCUUUACCGAUGUCCUUCUCCAUGCAGGAAACAGGACUUUUCCUUGUCACCGGGCAGUGCUGGCUGCGUGUAGCCGCUACUUUGAGGCCAUGUUCAGUGGUGGCCUGAAAGAGAGCCAGGAUAGUGAGGUCAACUUUGACAAUUCCAUCCACCCAGAAGUCUUGGAGCUGCUUCUUGACUAUGCAUACUCCUCCCGGGUGAUCAUCAAUGAAGAAAAUGCAGAAUCGCUCCUGGAAGCUGGCGAUAUGCUGGAGUUUCAAGAUAUCCGGGAUGCAUGUGCUGAAUUCCUGGAAAAGAACCUGCAUCCCACCAACUGCCUGGGCAUGCUGCUGCUGUCCGAUGCGCACCAGUGCACCAAGCUGUAUGAACUAUCCUGGAGAAUGUGUCUCAGCAACUUCCAGACCAUCAGGAAGAAUGAAGAUUUCCUUCAGCUGCCCCAGGACAUGGUAGUACAGCUCUUGUCCAGCGAAGAGCUCGAGACUGAAGAUGAAAGGCUCGUAUAUGAGUCUGCAAUUAACUGGAUCAGUUACGACCUGAAAAAGCGCUAUUGCUACCUCCCAGAGCUGUUGCAGACGGUGAGGCUGGCACUCCUGCCAGCCAUCUACCUCAUGGAGAACGUAGCCAUGGAAGAACUCAUCACCAAGCAGAGAAAGAGUAAGGAGAUCGUGGAAGAGGCCAUCCGGUGCAAACUGAAAAUCCUGCAGAAUGAUGGCGUGGUGACCAGCCUCUGUGCCCGGCCUCGGAAAACUGGCCAUGCCCUCUUCCUCCUAGGAGGACAGACUUUCAUGUGUGACAAGCUGUAUCUGGUAGAUCAGAAAGCCAAACAAAUCAUUCCCAAGGCCGACAUUCCCAGCCCUAGAAAAGAGUUCAGUGCAUGUGCGAUUGGCUGCAAAGUGUACAUUACUGGAGGGCGGGGGUCUGAAAAUGGCGUCUCAAAAGAUGUCUGGGUUUAUGAUACCCUGCAUGAGGAGUGGUCCAAAGCUGCCCCUAUGCUGGUGGCCAGGUUUGGCCAUGGCUCUGCUGAACUGAAGCACUGCCUGUAUGUGGUUGGGGGGCACACAGCUGCAACUGGCUGCCUCCCAGCCUCCCCCUCAGUCUCUCUAAAGCAAGUCGAACACUAUGACCCCACAACCAACAAAUGGACCAUGGUAGCACCACUUCGAGAAGGCGUUAGCAAUGCCGCCGUAGUGAGUGCCAAGCUCAAAUUGUUUGCUUUCGGAGGUACCAGCGUCAGUCAUGACAAGCUCCCCAAGGUUCAGUGUUAUGAUCAGUGUGAAAAUAGGUGGACGGUACCGGCCACCUGUCCCCAGCCCUGGCGUUACACAGCAGCAGCUGUGCUGGGGAACCAGAUUUUUAUAAUGGGAGGAGACACAGAGUUCUCCGCCUGCUCUGCUUAUAAAUUCAAUAGUGAAACUUACCAGUGGACCAAGGUGGGAGACGUGACGGCAAAGCGCAUGAGCUGCCAUGCUGUGGCCUCCGGAAACAAACUCUAUGUGGUUGGAGGAUACUUUGGCAUUCAGCGAUGCAAGACUUUGGACUGUUACGAUCCAACUUUAGAUGUGUGGAACAGCAUAACCACAGUCCCUUACUCACUGAUUCCUACUGCGUUUGUCAGCACCUGGAAACAUCUACCUUCUUAAACAUCCUUAAAUAAGCAUGAGCUCCCUCCAUCACUCAGUGAGACAAUAGGAGAUUUCUACUUCGGAGCUGCCAAGUUUAAUGAAGAGAAAGAACAAAAGGAGGAGAAGUUGCUGUAAGACUGAAUAACAUCCGCUGCACCUUGUCAAUGCUCUAACUGGACAUGAAGGAAAGGGGUGAGGGAGGGGGUGGGAUUCUCAGUGCAAGUAGCACAUGGUUUAAAUAUGAAUGACUGAACCUGUGAUCUAGUCCUUGUCCUGUAAUUGUGGAUUAAUGUCAGCGUUAAUCAGCCCCUGAAAGGGAGAGAAAAGCUGGACCUUUUCCCUUGCUGUACCACAUUCAGCAUUUGAUUCCAUGGGCUCCGCCAUUUAUGUGUAAAAUUUGAAAUGGUUGUCACCUCUCUCUGAGGAGUGAGCUUGAAGCCUCCACACUGGCAGCUGUUGGUGAUUCAAAGCUUCAGCCUGGCCAGGAGGGAAGCUGGCUGAGCUGGCUCAAGAAUGAGGACCGCUGCACUGGACUCUCCGUUAAUCUCCAAGGGGUUGUUCCUUCCCCCAGGAACAUUUCUGAACAAUGGGGACAUUGUUGGUAGCUGUUUGGUAGAUGUUCUUUUCUAUUUAUAAGUGACUUUAAACUUUCCCUUGGCUGUUAAGAAGUUUGUUAUAGAUUUAGCUAUUUAUUGUUUGAUGCCUGCAUGCUGAAACAAUGCUUACAGUUGUCUUCACGUGUAUGGAUGUGUGAAUAGUUGUAUGUUUUGCACAUUUUGUGGCUGUUGGGAUGUGCUUUGCUGCACAAAAAUGAAAAACUUUUUGAGUUUUGAUUUGGAGUAUAACUGGAGGGUGGGUGGGGGUGGGCUGGACUUUUAAAAUGUUAAGACAGGGAAGGAUUAUAAAAUGGAAACAUCCCAGAGGUAGAGAAAUCAUGAAGGUCACUUUUCUUAGAUUCACCACCUUUUUCUGGGGUUUCAUGGUGGGGGGGGGUAUGGUCAAGCUGGUGGCUGAUGAGAUGAAGGAGGAGUCCUUCUUUCUGCCUUUCUCCUUCCCAUCUGAUUUACCCAACGUCAGUCUCAGCUGCUGGAAUUUGGAAAGGACCAAAUUGUUUUGCAGUUUUUUUUUUUUCUUUGUGUAAUAUCCUGCAGUCCUGGAAAAUUCUAUGGAAUAGUUCUGUAUAUAGGGUACAGGUAAAGACAUUGUCCAAAGUUUAUUUAUUUAUCUAUUUAUUACCCUAUAAGAAUGCUUUGUUGUGUAACCACAGUUAAUGGGAACAACCUAAAAUGUCACAAUGUAUAUUAAUUCACUGACCACAUUUGCUUGAUCUGGACUUAUUGUUCUCUGUUCUUGCUGUAGAAUUUAGCAAAUGCUAGAAGUUCUUCAGAAAACAUUCACAUUGGUACAGUGUACACAUUAGUGCCCACCCUUAGGUAAAUGUUGAAAAAAAACUCUUUGGUAUACAAAAGUGACACAUUUGGUCACAAAACACCAAAGAAUUGUAAGCAGUGGCCCUGUGGAGAGGUUUUCCAGGCUGGUUGGGAAUCAGUUGUGAAUACCUUCUUUGCUUGUUGGAGUGCUUGUUUACUAAACACGUGCUGUGGUAGCUCUUAGUGCUAGAUUUGAGUAGGUGCUUCUUCAGAGGUGUCUGGGGAAGACCAGAGUUUGCAGCUCGGUCUGCUUUGGUCCAUGUUUCUCACAUUGCUGUAUUUUAGAAAAUAGGGUUUAAGGCUGAUAACAACCUUUUACAUUGUGUGUUUGCAUUGUCUAAUGACAGAAAAAUCCUUAACAUUUCUCUCCACCUCGGUACUUCAGACUAAUUGUACAUGUCCGUCCUUGCCAUGAAUAAGUGGGCUCCAGUUGGACCAAAAUAAAAUAAAUGAGCUGUUGGAAUAAAAGAAUCACAUUACUGUCCAGCAGCUAGUCAUGGUUCCUAGAUGUGUUCUAAGCGAUGCAAAUGUCUAAUUGUACUCUGGCGGCAUAGUCGGUGUUGAUCUGUUGUAGCAGUUACAGCUCUGUAGUUUAUGAUGCAAAUCUGUCCAGAGAUGUAUGUGUCACUGCAUGACUUCUGAAAGCAGGAAGAAUUUUCUGCAGCUGUUUCAAAGUUGGGGCCUGUCCUUGAAUCCUCCAUUAAUUACUGUGUGUGAGCCAGAGGGAGCGACCGUAAGGGUGGGCCCCCAGCCUGCAGGGAACUUUCUGGACUCCUGCUCUUUGAAUUGAUGUAGGCAUUUGUGCUCGCUACUUGACCAUUCUCACCCUGUGAAACGUCCCACACUUUGAAGCAAAUACAAUUCACAGCACAGUACAUACAAAAACCUUGGCAUAAGACAGAGAAGGUUCUUCUCAUUUUGUGAGCUGGUUGCUGUAGAAACGGAUAACAAAGGGCAGCCUUCCACUUCUGGUAUAAUUGUGUAGCCCCUUUUCUCUGGGCUUGACACCUGUCUGAAUAAGAGUGAUUAGAGCUGCAUAGUAUCCCUCUCUUGGCUAUUGAAUAUGUGGUUCACGUACAGAACUCUGUAUAAGUUAGUAAAAUGUUCGUGUUCAUAUGUACUUGUUUGCUACUACUACAUUUUUGAGGUUUUGUAAAACAUUUUUUUUUUUCACAAUGUGAAACUGAAGGUCAAUAAAUUAUUAGAGAUUUUCUCUUCA